CUGUUUUCUAAUUUAGUUUAAUCAGAUUUAAACUAAAUUAGUUAAUAUUAUUCUAAGUUUCUUCUAACACAAUAUACAUCGAUAAUUUCUUAUCAUCGAAAGACUGUGAUUAAUAACAGUCUAUUAAAAAUAUAUAAAAUACUUUUUAAAAUGUAUAUUUAAUUAUCCUAAAAGUUUUAAAAAGACGAAUCAUUUUAUUUUAUUUUCUUUAAAAAACAUCCCCGAAAACUACCACCUUUCUUCCCAUUUUAAAAAAGUAGGGUUUUCCCCUUAAGUAUCGAAUAUAUAAUUACAAUGAAAUCAUUUUUAUCUAAAUUAUUUGCAAUUGUUUAUUUGAAUGAAUUCAUGUGAAACGUUUUGAAGUCGGUGUAUAAACAAAUACGAUUAUAAUUUCAGGUUAAAAUUAAUAAUUAUUUUACGUUAUAUAAAGAAAUAUAAAUAAUUGGCGUGUAGGAUGUGCGAUUAACAAAUAUUCCUUGAAAAUUAUAUAAUAUUUUCUUUCACAAAUAAUAAUUACGACAUUCGAUUUUCUUUCAUAGAAUUUGAUAUUCUUAGAAAUUUAUUAGUGAAUACAUAAAUAUAUAUAUAUAUAUUUAUACUUUUACCAAAGGUCAAAACUUGUGUUACAAAGGAAAUCAAAACUCGUAUGAUUGUAAUAUAAUAUAAUGUUCGAUAUAGAUGAAGUCAAAUCGUAUUUAACCGUUGUAAAGAUAACAUCGAAGAAUUUCAUUUUACAUUUGAAAAUGUAUGCAAAGGCAACUAAAGUUAUUAGCAGUACUCCCAUAAAACGUGAUAUUGAUACUAGUUCAUGUUCGAUUUCGGAUGUAAAGUGUACCUCGUCGGACAGUGUAAAGUUAAAAAAUAAAACUAAUAUUAAAAGACGUACAUUUGAUAAUAAUAAGAAGAUUAAACGUAAAAAAAAAUUUUCCAAAACUAAACCUAUUAAUACAAAAAUUGUAUGUAUUAAUAAAAGAGGAAGAAGAUUCAUCGUAUCGGGAACGUCUAAUAGCGAAUCGGAACUAGAAUUAAUCGACAAAAAUAGGAAAAUCGUGAAAGUAGAGAAAAUAUUAAAAGACAAAUCUACAAACGUGAAUAUACCAGAAAUAUUAGAAAACAUAUCUACAAAAGUAAAAGAACAAUGUCAAUCUACGUGUAAAUUAUUUGAAAAUCCGGAACGUAUACGUGAUAUUAAUUAUAAUGAUCACGAUAAUAUUCUACUUUCGCCGUCUUUAAUUUCGAGAAAAUCAAAUUAUCAUCCUUCGAUACAAAGUAUUAUCGCGAAUAAAGAAAAUUAUGAAGAAAUUAAUAUCUCUUCGGAUGAAAGUAUCAACAAAAUUCAGAUCUCUUUGGAUGAAAGUAACAAAGAAAUUGAUAUUUCUCCUGUUUUAAAGAGAUCAAAUCGAAUUAAAACGUAUCCACCAUCAAAACGAACAAAAUGGAAAAGAAACUUGUUGAAAAAUACGAUAUACGAUAAAUGGCCAUCUGAUUAUAAAGUAUCAUCGGAAUAUGCCGGUAUAUUAUGGGAUAAAUACGUGAAAAAUCAUUCUGAUGAAUUUCCACAACAUUAUCAAACCAGCGUUAAUCGUAUACUUAAUAAUGAAAAAUCUGAUACAGAUGAGAAGACAAGUGAUGAUGCCGAUUCAUUAGAAGUGUUUAAUCGUCUCGAUGGACAUCACUUGAAGUUAUUCAAAUCAAAAAAACCAGUGUGUAGAAUUAGUGGAACUUUAAAUAAAGAAUCGGAAUCUGUACCUAUUAAUGUUGACAAAAUUAUCUACGUUCCAAAUGAUCAUUCGAAAUCAAACAAAAGAAAAUACGAAGAAGGAAAAUGGAUGAUAAAGAAGAGAGAUAAGUAUGAAUGCAAAUCCAGUGAUAGUAAUAAUGAUCUCCAAGAAAAAUCAUUCAACGAAUUUAAUGCCAAAGAAAAAAUGAAUAAAUCUUAUAAAAUAUCACAUUCGCGUCAGAAUGAUAAAAAUGACGAUUGUUAUUCCUUAACUUCGACGUCUUCGUCGUCGUUAAACAAAAAUCCUAAUGUUAAAAUUAAAAGCUGUAUAAAUUUAAAAUCUAAAAAAUACAGAAGAGGAAGAGACGGUAAUUAUUAUUUAUCAACUGAGGAAUCAUCGUAAUUUGAUAAAUUUAAUCUUCAUCGAGAUAAUAUUUUUGAGAUCAACCAAAUGAUCGUUUGAUCUUUCUGAAAUUAAAUGAUAUUAUUGUGAUCAUUAUAUUUUGCAUCGCGUAUACAUUUCGAAUUGUUCAAAUAAGAUACGUGUAAUAUCUUUUGAUACACUUUACUAUCACAAAUUGAAUUUAUA